AGCAAAGUACAAUUCAAACUGAAGUAAGUUUAAUUAUAUUCAAUAAUAUCAGGUAUUAUAUAUUUCAAAAUAAUAUUUUACGGUUAGACAUUAAUACUUUUUUCAUGAAAUAAUGAUAGUUAAUAAUUUAGAAAUGUAUAUAAACAAUUACCCAACCCUUGUGUUUGACGUUUAUCAAAAAAAAAAAAUAAUGUUUAUUAGUAAAGUAAAGAUCAAAUAAACUAUUUCCAUUAUCAGUACAGAGGUUGUGGAGAUUGUUAAGUUUUGAUUGAGAUCAUGAAUCGAUUGAUGUUAGAUCACCAUUGAAAACCUGGAAACACAAGACGGCCGUUCCGUCUUAUUGUGAGACUCAGCACCGCGCAUCCACGAUCCUGCCCGCAGGAUUCGAACAGAGGGUCUUCAAUCUCGCGUGCGAACGCUUAACUUACUGAACCCCUGGGCCGGCAUCCAGUGGUGUUAAUGUCUAACCUCAACCAGUCUACGAAAUCGAUUGUCCCCACUCGUGUUCUCGUUCACUACAGGUGUAGUAAUGAGUUGUUCAGUCUUAUGACGAGUAUAUAUGAAUUAUCAAUUGUUACUUUGUAAUUUGCAUACCGAUCCUCGUUUAAUUAACUGUCUUAUUUCUAGGUAACGGCGAUAAGUUUGGACUUGAUCGUUUUAAAUAAAUUGAUCAUUAGGUAGAAAGUUGAUAAAAGAAAAUAUUUUUGUUAUAUUUGAUUGAGUGAAAGAAUUGUAGUUCUGACGUUUCGUGACUUAAUGUAGACCACUUCUUCAGAGUAAAUAAAUAACCGAAUUAAAUUAACACAAUUUUACAUAUUGCAGAGGAUAUAACAAAAAAAAUUCAUUUGUCCUAUUAUUUUGGUCGAAUAUUUAGAUAUAGUAAGCAGCUUGAAUUUGUCACAAAUAAAUUCAUGAACUCAGUCAGUCAAUAGGUUUUAUUUAUACAACUUUGAUGCAUUGAUCUCUCUUGAUUAACGAUGCAAAAUGGUGUGAUUACAACCAAUUUAUUUAUAAAUUCUAGUGAAGAGAUUAUGUUACUUCUCUGAACUUAGAUAAUUUGGACAAAAAUGUAAUCGGUGUAGGGAUUUGUGAAGAUCGUGGUAUUUUCGCAGUUGAAUUCACGAGCUGACCUAAGCUGGAUCACUAGUGGAAAGCUGGGAGCAUUGAACGGCUGUUUCGUUCUAGUUUAAAACUACUCAGCAGUGCGCAUCCAGAAAUUCUCACCCGAGACUCGAACCCAGGGCUUUCGAUCUCGCGCUCGAACACUUAACCUCUAGACCACUGAGCUGCCAUCCCACUGUAUUAAUGUCUAACUUUAGUCGACCCACGAUCUUGCCCAACCCUUCACCUAUUGUCUUAGGUGGAUAACUGUCUCAUACCUGACACAGAUUGGACUCCACUGAUCACGGCUUCUCACUAGAACUCUAGGAAAUCUAUUUUGAAGCAAGUUUCAUACUGGAAUGAAACGGCCGUCCAGUGCUGCCAAGUUUUUAAUGGUGGUCUACCUUGGAUCGACUCAUGAAUUCAACUAUAAAAAUAUAGUCAUCAAAUAUCUAGGUUUCUUCUCCAGUCUAAAUCGUUAAAAUCAGUUAAGUAUAUUUGAUAUGUGGCUAGCACUUUGAUCUUGUACUCACGUUCCCUCCUGUUUGUAAUUCGUCAGCUGGACAUAUGUAGAUUCCAGUUUCGAUAUUCAUAGUGGAACGACCUGGAUCCAGUUGUCUUUGGAUAGCAAAUUUUUAUUUUGAAUUAAAAACUGUACCCUGGAUUCCGCUGCUAGUCACAUACUAAUACCAAUAACCUGAUAAUUCAGCGGAUCAGUCACAGGGUUCUACAUUAAAUGUUUUAUUGAAUUGACACGGUUAACUUUAAAAUCCAGACAUAGUAUUCUGGUACGUGGUUUAUGAAUAUACACGAGUGGAAGUUGAAUAAUACAAAACAAAUAUUAAUUUUGAAAUAAGAUGAGCAAAGAUUUUUCUUUCAUAAAUUCUGUAUACUUAUCCGACAAAUGAAAGAGUUAUAUGACUGAUUUGUAGACACGCACUGAAUCCUCAGUAGACCGGAUUACCGAAGCCAAUUAUUGAUUAGUUACUAUUUACUGAAUCAAGCAUGUCAUGCAUGAAAUUCAGACUAAAUGUGGUUCAGUAAAACAAUAACUCAAAAGAUCAACGAGUCGAAGAAUGUUUUCUUGGUUGAUACACUGACACUUAACACUUCGCAUUUCGAACACUAAUUGUAAACAUUGUGCAUCAACAGCUGAUUCUAAAAUGAACGAAUAAUUGUACAGGGAACUGUUUUACUUUAAACAUUAUGAGCUACAACUAGUUGUGUCGAACAACAAUUGUUUUCAACAAAAAAAUUGCGGAAAACUUUAUGCAUGGCAUAGCAUUGUUACUUCUUAAUGGUACACUUACACCAUCGUUUACUUUAACCACGAUAUACGUAUAGACUGUUCAACUGGAUCAAUCAAAAUAAAUAAAUAGGUUCCAGAGAAUUGCUCUUUGGUAAGAACGAAUAAACGGUGGUAGUUCCAACACUUCAGCAUUGUUGACAAAUGUUUUGAAUAUCAACUUAGAAUGACGUGUACAAAAUAUCAUUUAUAUAUAAAAUUAUAUAUGUCUUGUAAAAACGUUAGCAUCAUAUUUAUGAAUGAUAUAAUUUCCAACUUAAAUUGUUCAUUUCUAUUUUUAAGUAUUACUUCCAUUCUCAAGUGAUGGAAGUCAUUCGUGGAAUGUGUAAACGUCUUGGAAUGUGUCGUUCUCUAGAAACUACAUUGCCAGGAUAUCUGUUUGAUGAUUUGAAUUGGUGUGAUAAAACAUUAACAGGUAUGACAAACUAUGGGACUUCAUGUGGAUGCGAUCGUAAAAUUGUUGUUCGGGCUUAUUGGGAAAGUGCUUCGGCUGAGUGUUAUUCUACAUACCACAAUAGAUUUGCAUUAAAUAGUGCAGCAUUAAUUAAAAACUAUGUCACGUCUAAUAAAAUAAUUUCGUAUGAGAUUCUUUAAUGAUCUGAUGCUGAAAAUCGUCAAAUGAGUAUUAAGUUUUUUAUGAUGAUUGCACCAAACUAUCUUCAGCGUCUCCUUUC